AUCAGAGUGGGAAAAAUUCAAAAGGUCUCGAAUUUCAUUAAUGGAAGAAAAUAAGUAAUGGAUCCGUCCAUCAAGUUAGAAGUUAAAGACGAAUUUAACGAAAGUGCUGCCAUAAACGAAGAUGAACCCACUCCGUUACGGGAAACUACAGGCGCAAGUCCUCCGCAAGCAUUUGCAGCCGGAUUUUCGAUGGCAGGAUCCGGUUGGGAUAGUGAUCCGGAGAUCGGUGGUCCUAGCCACCACUCUCUUGAACCGAAGCCCGAACCAAAGUACAAGAUGUGCGCGGAUAAUGUAAUGUUGGACGACAUGCUGGCAGAUCCUUUUGAUUUCGAGGUCCCAUCUACCUCCGAUGUCAAGCCAGAUGUGAACAGGGAGCUGGUUGAGCACUGCAGCCGUAAUUGCGAUUUACUUCCAAGCGAUUUCUCAAACCGAGACAACAUGGACGUAAUGAAUUUGUGCAGUACGGAGGCCUCUAAGGAGAUGGGAUCAAGUUAUUCCCAAAGAGCUUCGCCAUUACCUAAGGCACAUGAAGUUGUGGAGUCAGAUAUAGACCUUUUAGCGAAGCAUCGAGAGAUCUUGAAGGAGUUAUCGGAGGAGAACAGCAAGGAAAAGAAGAAGAAGAAGAAACACAAAAAGGAUCGGUCCCAUCGCUCAAACCAAGAUCAGGAUUCCAAGAAGCGAAAACGUUCCGAUUCUAAGGAAGAGUGUUCGAAGAAUAAAACCCGACGUCACGAUCACCGUGGACGGAAGCAUCCCGUUAAGACAGAAAGGUCUGAUGAAGAAUUGGACUACGUUCCAGUGCGGGACGAUGAGAAGUACAUCCGACCAGUUAAAUUCUCCGACCUUAUUGAGCGUAAACCUCCUCAGGAUGAACUCAAAACUGAUCAUCUCUCCAAGGCAGACAAGCGUAAUUUGGCUGUGGCACGGGCCGAAUUGAUUCUGGAUCUGUUCCAAAAAAAAGCUGAAAGGGAGGAACCACAAGAGUUCCACGUGGUGGAUACUGUCUGCAAACUGCCUGUUAAUGAAUCGUUUAGAGACCAAAUUGGCUUUGAGAAUCCCUCACCCAUUUGCAACAAUAUGAAUGUGGUCUACGAGUUUAAUUCCACUCCCGGAACGAAAAUUGAUUUGGCUAAAUGGGGAUUGGAAGGUGUGCCGCACGCUACAAGGAAGCUGCUCCGCCUUUUGGGCAUUGAUGUGACCCGCUUGAAGGAGAUUCAGAGCACGGCCAAACCUUCACAGCGUAUGUUGAAGCUGAAGAAGGAAAAACUCGAACAGGGCUUGGCACCAACGGAGGAAACGGAAACCGGCACUCUCUACAAGAACGCAGCUACGCAAACGGAACGUAGGACCGGUAAACAUGACGCAGGCAACCAUGCUAGCUUUGACGGAAACCUCAGAGGGGCGUUCUGGCAGGAGCCCAACUUUGACCCAACAGGUUUGACGCAACACCAGUUCAACGUAAUGUUAGCCCUCCAGCAACUCUACACUACCCUGCCCAGUGCCACCAUGGCAAUUAACCUUUACAAGGCACUGGAACCUGCUCUGGCCUUGUGUCGUACGGCUAACCGACCCUAAUAUCUAAUCCCAAAUAUUUUCUUGCAAACUUAGUAACUGUGCCAAAUACUGAAACAAAUAUAGGUAGUAAGAUGUUUAGUAACCACGCGUGCCUUGACCAAAUUGUUAUAAUAAAUCCAAGAUAAUGUAUUUCUCGAUUAUAUAUAUUUGUAAAUCUCUCGCUCGAGGUUAACGCAAUCGAGUUUAAAUAUCGCACAAUGUAUUCUCACUUUUUUAUACAAUUAAUAAAUAAACAUUUACACAUGCAUCAUA